GCCAUGGCGGCGGCGGGGAGCAAUGGCGGCGGGCGGCGGAGCGCGGUGGUUGCUCCCCUCCUGUUGGUCGCCUUGCAGCUGGCGGGAGCCGCCUCAGCCGCCGGCCUUCCCCUAGUCAUCAACACCUGGGCGUUUAGGAAGGCGGCGGAGACAGCUUGGGGAGUGUUACAGCAGGGAGGCUCUGAGCUGGAUGCGGUGGAGAGGGGCUGUGGCCAGUGUGAGAUUGAGCAGUGCGAUGGGAGCGUGGGCUACGGGGGAAGCCCGGAUGAAAGUGGAGAAACAACACUGGAUGCCAUGAUUAUGGAUGGCAACACUAUGGAAGUUGGGGCAGUGGCAGAUCUCAGACGUGUGAAGAAUGCAAUUGGUGUAGCACGAAAGGUCAUUGAAUACACUAAACAUACAUUACUAGUGGGAGAGUCAGCUUCCCUGUUUGCUGUAAAAAUGGGGUUUCCGUAUGAAGAUUUAACGACCCAAAAUUCUCUCUCGGCGUAUUCCAAGUGGCUUAACCAAAGCUGUCAGCCAAACUACUGGAAGAAUGUGGUACCAGACUCUUCAAAAUCCUGUGGACCAUACAAACGGCCUGAAAAAAUGACUUAUAAAGAAGAAGAAGAGACCACCUCACAAAGAAGUUUUCAUAAUCAUGAUACUAUUGGUAUGGUUGUCAUUGGGGCGAGGGGAGCCGUUGCUUCUGGGACAUCCACUAAUGGUGCAAUCCACAAAAUUCCAGGGCGUGUAGGAGAUUCUCCCCUAGCUGGAGCGGGAUCCUACGCAGACAGUACAGCAGGAGGAGCUGCGGCCACCGGCGACGGUGACAUCAUGAUGCGCUUCUUACCCAGUUACCAGGCAGUGGAGUAUAUGAGGAUGGGAACAGACCCCACAGUUGCCUGUCAGAAGGUUAUUUCCAGAAUCCAGAAGUACGUUCCCCGCUUCUUCGGGGCCGUGAUCUGCGCCAACACCACUGGGAGUUAUGGUGCUGCAUGUAAUAAACUUCCAGGAUUCACUCAGUUUCACUUCAUGGUUUCCAGCCCUUCGCUAAAUCAGCCAACUGAGCAAGUAGUGGAUUGCAUUUAAUUUCUUUUCUCCUCUUAAUGUCUAAACUGAAGAGGAGGAAAGCGCUAAGGUUCCUCGGGUGUUAAUUUUUUAAUUGGUUGUUCGUUUUCCCUGUCAUAUAAUCAUGUGAACAAUCCCAAGAUGUGUUGGAUUCAGGAGGGGUUACCUGUCAGCCCAACUCAAUUCUUAAACUUCGGUGAACCCGACAAUCAAACUGUGGUUUUAAAUACCACAAAAAGGUCUCUCUUGUGUGUUUACUUCCAAAUAAUACCAACUUUCACCUGCUUUUGGGAGGAAAGUAGAGCUUUGGUCACUGGAAAAAAAAAAACAACAACAACUUUGCCAUUUAAAAACAGAUUUGGCAGAAAUCUGGAAUAAAGGGGAGGGAGCCUCCACACGAGAGCCUUAUUUUGAGACUAUUUAAUUGUCUUUCUAAGAUUUAGUCUGGGUUUUUCUUUUCUCUUGGAAAGAAAAUUGUGUGCGAAUGCUGAAAAGCACGGAAAAGGGGCUGAAGAGUGAUGGAGAAGAUUGCAAAGCUUUUAAUGAAGAGAUAAGCAGUGUCUCCUCCUGGGCCUUUCUAACAUUUCACAACAGCUGAGGACAGGCUGGAGUAGAAGGACAUCCAAACAGGUGCUACAAGCCUUCAAGGAGUGUUGUGUUGACUCCAACUGGGUGUGAAGACAUGUGGAAAUCUUCCUGUCACCUUUCUUUGUAGUGGAAGUUACAAGUCUUCAUCAGAGAUUUCUGUGUCACCAACAGCCGGGGCGCUUGCCCUUUAGAGGAGCUUUUGCAAACCUGGAGCAGGAUGGUCACCUACACCUGGGUCUGUCGCUUUCUGGGGCUGGAGAUGCCAGGAUUCAUUUGUAAUAGAACCUCAGCAUAGAGUCAUGGGAUGGUUCAGGUUGGAAGGGACCUUAAAGCCCCCCCAGUGCCACCCCCUGCCCUGGGCAGGGACACCUCCCACCAGCCCAGGUUGCUCCAAGCCCCCUCCAACCUGCCCUUGAACCCCUCCAGGGAUGGGGCAGCCACAGCUUCUCUGGCCAACCUGGGCCAGGCUCUCACCACCCUCAGAGUGAAAAAUUUCUAAUAUCCAAUCUCAAUCUCCCCUCUUCCAGUUUAGAACUGUUCCCCCCUCGUCUCUAUGGCUCCCUUGAUCCAGAGUCCCUCCCCAUCUCUCCUGGAGCCCCUUGAGGGACUGGAAGGGGCUCUAAGGUCUCCCCGGAGCCUUCUCUUCUCCAGGCUGAACCCCCACAACUCUCUCAGCCUGUCCUCCCAGCAGAGGGGCUCCAGCCCUCCCAGUGUCUCUGUGGCCUCCUCUGGCCCCGCUCCAACAGGUCCAUGUCCUUCUGCUGUUGGUGGCCCCAGAGCUGGCUUUACUAGAAGAUGCCUUUUUGCUACAGCCCUGCCCUCAGCCCCGGGGUGGGAGCACACAGGAGGCUGCCCCCGUGUGGCUACAGGUUCAAGUACAACUCCGUGGCCUUUACAAAGUGGGAAGACAAGCGAAUGUAAACUGAGAUUUAACAACCUAAAAGGCAUGAUUUUAUUAUGUGUUAUGUUGAUUGUGGGGGGAGGAAGCUCAGUAGGGGUUGGAACUCGAUGAUCUUUGAGGUCCCUUCCAACCCUAACCAUUCUAUGAUUAAGAUCUGGAUUUAAAAUACAUAAUUCAGAAAACUCAGUCAUGUCAUUAAUUUUAGGGCAGUUUUUCUUCUUUGUUUUCCAAAUGUAGCAGGGUCCCACAUUGAACUAUGGCAACAUUUGAAGUGCACGGUCCACUGUUAUUUCAUU